UUUAUUGGUUGACCUCAAAUCACCGCUUUGUUUAUCAAAAUUAUCACCAAUCUUUAACAUUUCAACGUAAAAAUCGGUCGAUUCUACACUGUUUUCCGUUCGGAAUUUAGUAAUCCCGCGACGUUGGUGCCAACCCAAACUUUUUGGCGCCGUUUCAUCCCCUAAAUACUUUACGUCACUAUCGGGGUAACCGAGGUAACGGAAGGGUAAGCGUUGACCGGGGUGGUGUGUGCUCGUUCCUUGCUUCGAAGGGACGGUUGCACCUGAAGGCCGGCCUCGUUGAUGAGCCCCCGGAGGGGCCAUGGGGCAGGCCGAGAGCAGAGAAGAUGCUGAUGACGACCCGGAAAAAUACGCUUCGAGACGAACAUCUGGAAUCUUGACUGACAGUGAGGUGGCAUGUGAAGAAGCGGCCCGUUUGACUGCCGAGCAGCAGGAAGAAGACGAUGAUGGUAUCUCCUACUGCGACUACCACGACUUGCCUCCGCCGCCCGAUGGAGGCUAUGGGUGGGUCGUGGUUUUCGCCUCGUUCAUGUGCAACAUGCUAGUAGACGGAAUAGGUUACACUUUCGGCAUAUUCCUUCCAAAAUUGGUCGAUUAUUACGGCGAAACAAAAGGAACAACGGCAUGGGUCGGUUCAUUACUCUCAGGAAUGUACCUUAGUGUAGGUCCUGUAGUGAGCGCCCUUACCAACAAAUUCGGCUGUCGUGCUGUGUGUAUCGCGGGUAGUUUAAUAUCAACCGCGGCGUUCGUCCUGUCGCAAUUCUGUCCAACUGUAAACUGGUUGAUGUUGAUAUAUGGGUUCGUCGGUGGUGUAGGUUUCGGUUUAAUUUAUUUACCGGCGGUGGUGUGCGUGGGUUACUAUUUUGAAACGAAGAGAUCUCUCGCGACGGGUAUUGCAGUAUGUGGUUCGGGGGUUGGUACCUUCGCGUUUGCCCCUUUGGCCACGAUCCUACUCGACGAGUACGGCUGGAGAGGAGCCAAUCUCAUUCUAGCAGGAAUGAUCUUCAAUUGCGUGCUAUUCGGAGCUUUAAUGCGGCCUUUGACGUACCCCAAAGAGUCCAAUUCUCAGCCACUCCUCCAGCGCAUGGCCGAAGAAAGAAGAAUCCAGAUGGAAAGGGGUAGCAUCGGAGGAUCGUACUUCAUGGUACAACUGCCAGAUGGUACUAUGGAGAAACGUAUGAAACAACCGCUCAACAUCGAUCCCGGAGUGCAUUCUAGUCUCAACCUGGACCAACUAGCGCCAGGAACACCCAUCACACCCAUACCCACAGUCCCCACGCUACCCACCAUUGCCGAAGUUAAAGUACAAGACCAGAGUGGAAGCUCCGGAUCGCCAAGUCCGGGAGAAAGCUCUGCGGAAAUUAGACCUACAGCCAAGAAUCCGCGUUUAAGUGAAUUAAAAUUGCAAGACGGAAAAGUGAAACCGGAAACAGGGGUUAGUAAGGAAGCACCAGCGGCUCCGGUUGGGACGAUACCGGAUAAUUCGUCCUCAAAGAUGCCAAGAAAUGCGAGUCAGCCGGCGUUUAGCACGCAUGUUCAAGGGUUGCCUAAAAACGGAUCGGUACCCACUUUUGAUAGGAUUAGAAAAACUUCAGUAGGAGAAAAAUUCAAGCCGACUUUAGGACCGAUCAAAGCUUCGUCCAGAGCCACUUUGAGUUCGAAUAGUGAUAUGAGGAAGUUGAGGAAUAAUUCGACUUCUUCGUUUCUUAGUAGAAAUAAUAAUAGCGAGGUGGACGUUGAAAGUCUAGCAUGCACAUCAAAACUGUCGUUACCAAGAGGAGGAAGUCGUUCGAAUAUGGUCAGACCAAUGUCAAGGAAGGACAUCUUCUACUCGGGAUCUAUUGUUAAUCUUCCAGAGUUUCACCAAUCGCAAAAAUCUCUCACGAAUUACAGGCAAAGCAUCAUGAGCAUUCCGAAAGCCAAAGGACUGGAAUCUGAGGGAUCUCCUGGUGAUCUUUGCCCUUGCCUCGUACUGCCUGAAAGUUUCACCUCAGCCUUAGGACAAAUGAUGGAUAUGAGCUUAUUGAAGGAUCCUGUUUUUGUACUUAUAGGAAUAUCGAAUUUAUUCGGGAUGGCUGGACUGUAUAUCCCGUUCGUUUAUCUUGUUGACUGUGCCGUUGAAGAUGGUAUCGAAAAAGGAAAAGCUUCAUUCUUGGUCUCCAUCAUUGGUAUUACUAAUACGUUUGGCCGUGUCGCCUGUGGAUAUUUCGCUGACUUCCCAUCUGUUAAUGCCCUACUUGUAAAUAAUAUUUGUCUAGUUAUUUCCGCCGUCUCGGUUGCUCUAACACCAUUCUGCCACUCAUACGGUGCUUAUAUAGCAAUGGCCGUGUUUUUCGGAAUCGCGAUUUCCGGCUAUAUUUCAUUAACUUCAAUUAUAUUAGUCGACCUCCUGGGCUUGGAUAAGCUGACGAAUGCGUUCGGCUUGUUGAUCCUCUUCCGUGGAGCUGCCGCUAUUGUAGGUUCCCCUUUGGCCGGUUUUAUAUACGAUAAGACGAAAACCUACGACAUCCCGUUCUACGUGGCCGGAUCAUUGUUCGCGAUAUCGGCUGUAACGAGCUUUCUUGCACCUUGUUUGAAGCGUUCAGAAGAGGAAGAACAACCAGUCGGCGAAGGCGACGCUCUUACUCCAAUUGAUGAAGACGAAGAAGAAGACGAUGCGGGGAUUACGAUGGGGCCAGGUCAUAAGACGCGACUCGAUAGUGGACCCAUUCCGAAAAUUGUGGAGACCGCUUCGAGUCCUGGGGAGAAAGAGAUCAAGCAAAUCGAAUCCGUUUUAUAAAAUAAUUCUGAUUUUAAACGAACUUUCUGCGCCCGUAACAAAGUUAUUUUUCUAAUGUGUUCCCACGUCGUGAACAGGAGGCUAAUUGGUACAUAAUGGAGAAUGCUGUGCAAGUGUAUCGCUUCAUGUGAUGAAUGAGAAACUCAACUCCGUUCUUUUUUUACAGAUUUGUUAUACUUGUGUACGGAUAACUUGUAGGCGCACAAAGUUACACCAUGUAUAUACACAUCAUGUUAUGUAGUUUUAUUGAUUUUUUUAUUGUCAGUGUUAAUUUGUUUGAAUUGUAUUUUACAUGAUUUAUGAUUUUUGCCAGUUUAUAAAACUGUGUGAUGUUGAAGAGACAGUAUUUUGUGAAUUUUAGUAAUUGUAUGUGCGAAAUUAGGCCAAAUGUACGUUUAAAAAUCGUUGAUUAGUGAAUAUGUACAUAAUGAAAUAACUUGGACAAUAUUCUUAGAACCGCUACUAUUUUUCAUAUACGUUGCACAACUUAAUUCGUUCCACUUUUAUGCUUUACAAUUAGGAACUGGUCAAUCGAACUUUUUUACUAAUAUAAUAUGAUGCAAGUCUUUGAAUCAAGUCAAUUUAAAAUCCUAGUUGUAAAGUGUGACGUCUUACUUUUUUUUAGCUUGAGUUCUUUAUAAAAACCUGCUCAGGACAGUUGCAGACGCAUUGAUUAAUAAAAUAGCCUUAUCAUAGAUAUAGUACCUGUGCACCUCAAGUUAAUGUAUUUUAUUCUUUAAUCUAUACACUUAAAUACAUUUAUGAAGAUCUCUAAAA